AUGGCGCGCGGCGGCGGGCGGGCGAGGGAGGAGGAGGAGGAGCUGAGGGGCGCGAGGCGCGGGUACCGGGAGGCGGUGUCGGAGGGGAACCGGGAGGAGGAGGCGCGGUGGGCCAACGUCAUCGGCGACAUCCACAAGCGCCGCGGCGAGUACGUCGAGGCGCUCCGCUGGCUGCGCCUCGACUACGACGUCACCGUCAAGUACCUCCCGCAGCGCCACCUGCUCGAGUCCUGCCAGUCGCUCGGCGAGGUCCACCUCCGCCUCGGCCAAUUCCCCCAGGCCCUCACCUACCAGAAGAAGCACCUACAACUUGCCAAGGACACCGAUAACCUUGUUGAGCAGCAGCGAGCUUGUACCCAGCUUGGGAGGACCUACCAUGAAAUUCUUCUAAGUUCUGAAAAUGACCACAGUGCCAUACGGAAUGCCAAGAAGUAUUUCAAAGCUGCCAUGAAACUGGUAAAGGGUCUAAGAGAGAAUGCCUCGUCUGGAAAAUCACCCUACCUGAAGGAGCUCAUUGACGCAUACAAUAAUUUGGGAAUGCUUGAACUAGAUCUUGAUAACUUUGAAGAAGCUGAGCAACUACUUAACCAGGGUUUGAAAAUAUGUGAUGAAGAAGAGGUAAAUCAGUAUGAUGAUGCUCGCACUAGGCUCCAUCAUAAUCUAGGAAAUGUUUAUACCGAGUUACGCAACUGGAACAAAGCCAAGGUUCAUAUCGAGAAGGACAUAGCUAUAUGUAGAAACAUAGACCAUAUUCAAGGUGAGGCAAAGGGAUUUAUAAAUCUUGGGGAGUUGCAUUCUCGGAUUCAAAAGUAUGACGAUGCAAAACUUUGCUACGAAAAAGCCCUUCAUAUAACAAAGGGUUUGGAAGAUGAAGAUGCACUAGUUGAUCAAAUUCAUCAGAAUAUUGAAACUGUUACGAAAGCAGCUGAAGUUCUUGAAGAGUUGAAGAAAGACGAGCAGAAACUGAAAAAGCUUGUCAGAGAUACUUCCAAUGCUCGUGGAACACCGAAGGAGAGAAAACUCCUCUGUGAGCAGCAUGCAUGGCUGGAUAAUCUUAUUGAAAAGGCAAGAAUGAUAUCUGCAUGGCCAAAACACAAGGAAUUUUCGAAAGGGAAAAAGAGAGUAACAAAUGAACUUCGUGAGAAGGAAAAACAGAGUGAUGCUCUUUUGUCCAUAGGAGAAUCAUACCAAAAGCUUAGAAUCUUCGGCAAAGCUCGUAAAUGGUACAUGAAAAGCUGGAACAUGUAUCGAUCGAUUGGAAACUUAGAGGGGCAAGCAUUGGCAAAAGUGAACAUUGGUAAUGUUCUUGAUUCUUGUGGUGACUGGGCUGGUGCGUUGCAAGCUUUUGAAGAAGGCUACAGAAUUGCUGUGGAAGGGAAUCUGCCAAAUGUGCAACUUUCUGCCCUCGAGAACAUGCAUUACAGUCACAUGGUCAGAUUUGAUAGUGUAGAAGAUGCCAAGCAGGUACAUCAAAAAAUAGAUAACUUGAAGCAGAUAUUGAAUCAGCACGGAUUAAGGGAUACUGUAAGUGAUUAUUGCUCGGAAACUGAAUCUGAAGGUGGUGAUGCAUCUGAUAAAAUGCUUGAUCAAGAGGACAGUGAUGGGCAUGCUGCAAAUGCAUGUUCUGAGGAACCUGAUGAUCAUGUUACUCUUGCUUCACUGGUUCAUAGAAGUAGGAGCUCAUCCAAUACAAAGGCAUCCAAGAUACAUAGCAUCCAGAAGAAGGUUGAUAGAUCAUGUCAUAUGGAUGAGCACACUAGAGAAGUUUUAAGUAAAUCAUGCAGUAACCAGUCUGGCAAAAGACGUGUCCGUGUGUUUAUAUCAGACGAUGAAGCUGAUGAGAGUCCUGAAAUUGAUCAAUCAAAAAAGAAGCGAACUAAUCAAACAGAUAGUCUGUCUACAUCAGAGGACAUAGCAAAUGGAACAAACAACAGGAAUCAGGUAGACCCUACUGAACCCAGGGAUGUGUACAGUAUCUGCACACCCUGCCCUGCUGAGGAAAGUAUAUGCUCAUUCAAAUCAAGUAGCCCCACUGGUCAUGGUAAUGAUGGACUGGAAAUAGGAGCUUCUAGUGGAGGAAAGGUGUCUUCAUCCAAGCCAGCAGCAAGUGGUUCCAGAAUUUGUACUCCUGCAUCUCAUAGUCAACCACAUGGUCAAAAUGCUGUCGGCCUCCUAUCCACAGAUGCUGAUCAUCAACAUUUGGCGUUCAGAAUUGGUCAGCAUCUGGUGUAUUUGGAUGUAAAUGCUUGCAUAUGUGAGGCUGCUUUUAACAUUGAGUCUCUUAAAGUUGAAGUGGCAUGUGUAUACUACCUUCAGAUUCCUGAUGAAAAGAGCUCCAAAGGCUUGUUGCCUAUUAUUGGGGAGCUCAAGUGUUGUGGGAAUGUACUGGAUGGUGCAGAAUCAAUUGAUUAUAUUGGUCAACUUGCUUCUGAACAGAAGUGCAUUGAUGCUUUUGUUGAUGCAAGACUUGUGUUGGUCUCAUUGUCCUCACCUGUGCUCUCUAUACGGACAAAUUGGGUGCCAAAGCGGUUGAUGAAAUUGUACAUCGAUUUCUGCACAAAGUUGUCAGAAGCACCAAAUAAGAAGCUAUUGAAAAAAUUGUAUAAUCUUGAAGUCUCUGAAGAUGAAAUCAUUCUGUCUGAUUGUGGACUGCAAGAUUUGUCGAUUUCACCUCUUCUUGAAGCCCUAAGAUCACAUAAAACAAUAGCCAUGUUGGAUCUUUCUCAUAACAUGCUAGGAAAUGAAACAAUUGAAAGCCUUCAACAAAUAUUUGCUUCGUCAUCCCAAACAUAUGGUGGCUUGACACUGGAUUUACAUUGCAAUCGAUUUGGUCCAACUGCUUUAUUUCAGAUCUGUGAGUGUGCUGUUAUGACUGAACGACUGGAAGUACUUAAUCUGGCUGGGAAUCGCCUCACAGAUGGUUGCAGCUCUUAUCUUUUCACAAUCCUACAAAAGUGCAAAGCACUUUUUAGCUUGGAUGUUGAGCAGUGUUCUAUCACAUCAAGAACAGUUCAGAAAAUGGCAGAUGCACUACAUGAAGGCUCGGUACUUUCACAUCUCUCGAUAGGAAAAAACAAUCCAAUUUCUGGCAACACAAUGCUUAACCUUCUCUCCAAACUGGCUUCUUUGAAAAGGUUUUCACAACUAAGCUUAACUGGUAUAAAACUGAACAAGUUAAUGGUUGAUAAACUGUGUCUACUUGCACAAUCCUUGAGUCUAUCUGGAUUUCUGCUAGGUGGAACUUCCAUUGAACCUGGAGGAACAAUUAGGCUCACCGAGGCAUUAUCUAGUGCGUCCCAAGAAUUGAUGAGGUUGGAUUUAUCCAACUGCGGGCUCACAACUCCUGAAUUCUCACAGAUCUGUACAAAUCUUUCUAGAGUUAAUAUUCUUGACUUGAAUCUCGGAGGAAAUUCCAUUAACAUGGAGGGAUGUGAUGCUGUUGGGGCAAUACUUGCAAAUCCCCAGUGCAGCCUUAGAUCUCUCACUCUCGACAGAUGCAAUCUUGGGCUUGGUGGCAUUACUCGAAUUAUUCAGGCACUAGCAGGGAAUGAUCAACUGGAGGAGCUGAGCGUGGCCGAGAAUGCAAACCUGGCACUGGAGAGAACACUGCACUUCGACGAGGACAUGCAGGAUGUAUCGACAGGCACCGAGCACAGACACGGCCACAACGCCGAAGCAGGCGACAAUGUAGCUCCAGAAAACGUCGAUCUGGAGAAGAUGGUGGUGGCGGACAGUGAGGACGAAGCAGCAAACGAGGACCGACGUACAGUUUCUGGUCCUGCCAGGAGCUGCGCGAGCUCCUGCCAGCGAAACUCCUAUUCCGGCUGCCAGUUUGUCCAGGAGCUCGCGGAGGCCCUCGUCUCGGCGAAGCAACUGAGGGUGCUCGACCUCAGCCGGAACGGGCUGUCAGAGGAGGCCAUCCAGUCGCUGUACUCUGCCUGGGAGUCGGGCCCGAGAGGUGACGGGGUGGCCCGGAAGCAUGUGGGCAAGGAGGUGGUGCAUUUCUCAGUGGAUGGGGUGGCGUGCUGCGGGCUUAAGCCCUGCUGCAGAAGGGACUUGCAGAUAUGA